UUUUCUACUAACACGAUGGAUAAACGUUCGACUUUUGCAGAUGCAAACUGUGGCGUUUGCAAAUCUUCAUCCAAAUUUAUGAAAAAUUCUUAUAAUCGAAUUAUAACAUGCAACUUUCAAUGGAAAGUAGUCAAACUUGAAGAAAUUUACGAAGCUGUUCAACCUGGUAUAAAAACACAAUUAAUAAGUCGUCAAUUUUCGGUUCCAAGUUUUACUGAAGUGGCAUGGGAAUUAGUUCUUGAAAUUUACAAAUUAAGGCUUGAUAUUAGAACUGUUAAUAUAUGGCUUCGACAAGUAGGCCCUUGUACUAUAAAUGAUGUUGCAAAUACAAAAUAUAAAAUUUAUGUUAUCAAAGAUGACAACAACCGUGUUCUUAUUUCAAGAUCAACAAAUGAAUUGGAAGAUCAACAAAGAAUGGGGUGUACUACAGUUUCGUUGGAAGACGUAAUUUCUAAAGCAAAAGGGUCGUCUAAUGAUAUAGUACUUGAAGGAUUACAACUUUAUUGCGAAAUUAAACUUUUUUAUGUGAAUUCAUUCCAACUUCUACAAGACAAAUAUAGAAAAAUGUUAAAAGAUGAAACAUUUACUGAUUGUAUUUUUAAGGUUGGUGAUGUAAUUAUGAAAGCGCAUCGGUGCGUUUUGGUUCAAGGCAGUGUAGUAUUUAAAAUAAUGUUUGGAGAUGUUGGCAUGAUUGAAGCAAAAACUGGUGAAGUCACAAUCUCUGAUACUACUCCAGAAUGUUUUCGAGCAUUGUUAGAAUAUAUUUAUACUGGAAAAAUUGGAAAAGAUGUAUUGAAAAAUAAUGUUGAAGGUAUUUUUGCUAUUGCACAUAAAUAUCAGGUGGAGAUGUUACAAUAUGAAUGUGAACGUUAUAUGGCAUCUUUGCUAAAUGCUGAAACAUUUUUUAAAUAUUGUGGAGUUAUUUCUUUAUAUGGUGCUACUACUUUGGAGAUUGCAUGUAAAGAAUAUUGUUUAAAAAACAAUGAAAUUUUUUUUGCUUCUAAAGAAUGGAAAGAUGUUAAAGAAACUUAUCCAGAAUUGGCUACUAAAUUUAUGGAUUUUUAUCUUUGUGAUGGAAUUUAUGGAGGUUAUUAUGAAGUAUCUUAUUGA